AUGCCAAGGGCCAAUGAGCGCCAGAGGAGGGCGGAAGAUUCCCCGCCCCCACUUCCUGGCGUGGUUGAGUCGCGCCGGAAGGUCGAGGCUGGGGGAGCCGCCGUUGGCUCUGAUGCUCCUGGGGGUGGGGGCACGAGUGGGCAGGGUGAUGGUGAGGCAGACGUGGCGGCCCCGACCCGGCGACCUCGAGGGAGCGCCCGGCUGAGAGGCGGGAGGCCGAGGGGCCCGGGGAGCGGGCGCCGCCGAGGGCCCUGGAAGCGGCAGGGCUGGGGGAGAGGGGACGCGUGUGUGGGGCACGGGGACCCCAGCCCAGCUCCCACUUGCAGACCUGGCCCGCGGGCUGCCGGCCGAGUGGCCGGGGGGCCUGGCUGCCCAGGAGACGGGCCGGGGCCGCGGCCGGGGGCGCGGAGCGGACAUAGGGGCGCCCGGCCGAGCCGAGGUGGGACGGACCGACGCAGAGAGGAGGGGAAGCCGCCUGGCCUGAAGAUCCCGUCUCUAAGGUCCCAUUCUGAGGAGACUCAGGUCAGAAUGGAAAUGGGCUGCAGACAGGGCAGCUAUUGUCAGCCGCUGGAACUGGCUUCAGGCUCAUGUUUCUGACUUGGAAUAUCGAAUUCGUCAGCAAACAGACAUUUACAAACAGAUAUGUGCUAAUAAGGUAAGGGAUAGGUGUCUGGUGUUUUUUUAGUACAGCUGAAAACUAUCAUUAUUGCUUUUCUCCCAUUCCCUCCCACCUCUUUAAUAAUCCCCUCGCCAUAAUCCCCUUUUUUAACUAUUUCAAGACAAACGGUUUAAUGACCUGAUAUAGUGGUUUAAUUUGUUUAAGAACCUGAUGGGGCCACGUAUGGUGGCUCACUCUGGUAAUCCCAGCA